AUGGACCAUCGUGGUUGGCUGGUGAAUCUCAAACUAUCCAAAUACGUCCUAUUAAAUUGCCUGAAAGGUCCAACCCACACUAAAUUGGGCUUUGUUUUCUUACCAACACCUCAGCAUGUUAUAGACAUAUUGAGGUUGGGUUUGGAUGAAACUGUGCAAAUCCCAUUAGGCGAUCAUGGCUGGGUUCGAGCAACCCUAACUCUCCGAAUGCAUCCGGGUGGCAACCUUCCCAUUGUGGGCAAGAGGGCUAAUGAGCCAGAUGUAGCCGAGUUCAUUUCAGCACUUGCAGCAGGCAACAAUGCUCAACUCAUGGUGGUUGCAUCUGCCAGCACCGCCGCCUCCAUCACUCUAGCCCUGGUGGCUGCAGCUCAUCAAACCGGGGGACGAGUCGUGUGUAUCAAACCAGGGCUGGAGGAACUACAGUUGUCCAAACAAGCUCUAGGCAACAGUGCAAGCAAUGUUGAGUUUGUUAUGGGGGAAGCUCAAAAUGUACUUUUGAAUCAGUACAGGGAAGCAGAUUUUGUAGUCAUAGAUUGUAACCUUGAUAGCCAUGAAGGAAUUUCACAGCAGUGCAAGCGAGCUGGAGACCUAACAGCACUGUCGUUUUAG